AUGGCGUCAAACACAUCUCCGCCCACCCCCACCCAAUGCCCAGAACCCUCGGAAUUUUGCGAGGAGUGGUUGGCCGCCCUCAUCGGGGGCGUGUGUGGCCUCGUCGGCCUUGUCAUAAUUUCGUUGUUUCUGCUUUGGCUGGUGCGGUUUAAUGCCCAGCAAGCCCUCAUGAAUCACCCGCAGAGGUUGAUCUCGCAUGAGUACCUCCAGCUCAAGAAGGAGAUAGCUGAGGCGGAGGAGGAUCUUUGA